AAAGUGAAAAGAUGAAAAAGAAAGGUGAAAGGCCAGGUCCAAGAUGACAGAGACACGCAAGCCCACUAUAGCGUACCUGGGCUGACUCUGAUGCAUGAACCCAUACGCAAAUCUCGCCCACUUCCAGGUGGUUACGCGAGUGCCCCACGCGCCUCCUCCCUUAAGUUCAAUGCCUUCUCUUUGUAAUAAAUCCUUCAAUACCUCUCCGCCGCUUCCCGCACACAUUUCCAUGGGACAGUCACCGUCCACCGCCGCGCCGCCUGCGCCGGAUAUCAAUCGCCAACAAAUUUCUCAGUUACAUUCAAGCAGCGAUCCCGAUUUCGAUGCCGACCACACAAUCCGUCUUUCCGACGAUUGCUUGGCCGUGAUUUUCCAUUUUCUCAGCAACGCCGACAGGAAAGAGUGCUCUGAGGUCUGCCGGCGAUGGCGCCGCGUGGACGGCGAGAGACGGCACCGCCUCUCGCUUGUCGCUCGGCCUGAAUUGCAAGAGCUCGUUUCUCCCCUAUUUGACCGCUUCGAAUCGGUCACAAAACUCACUUUACGAAUCGACCGGAAGUACGCGAGCUUAAACGACGAUGCUUUGAUUAUGAUCUCGAAGCGGUGCAGGAACCUCACGCGUCUGAAGUUGCGCGGGUGCCGUGACGUAACGGAAAUUGGAAUGGCCGGCGUAGGCGAUAAUUGCAAGGCCUUGAAGAAGCUAUCGUGUGCGUCGUGCAUGUUCGGCACGAAGGGAAUCGCAGCGCUGCUCGAUCGAUGCGUCACGUUAGAAGAUCUAACGCUGAAGCGGCUCCGCGGGGUCCCCCAAAUCACUGAGGUGGAGGUUGGUGCCGCGGCUUCGUUGAAAUCUAUAUGCAUAAAGGAGCUCGUGAACGGUCAAAGCUUUGCGCCGCUUGUGAUUGGUUCGAAGAAGCUUCGAACUUUGAAGGUGAUUGGGUGUACGGGGGAUUGGGAUGAUAGUCUGGUUAGAAUUGGGUGUUUAAACGGUGGUUUGGUUGAGAUUCACUUGGAGAAAGUUCAAGUUAGCGAUGUGGGACUUGUGGGGGUGGCCAGGUGUUUGAGGUUGGAGACUCUGCACGUUGUGAAAACCGCGGAAUGCUCCAAUGUAGGGCUUGCGAUGGUUGCUGAGAGGUGUAGGUUGUUGAGGAAGGUUCACAUAGAUGGAUGGAGGACUAAUAGGAUUGGUGAUGAUGGUUUGGCUGCGAUUGCGAAACACUGUCCUGAUUUGCAGGAGCUUGUGUUGAUUGGUGUUUACCCUACUUUUUCGAGCUUGGCGGCGAUUGCUUGCAAUUGCAGGAAUUUGGAGAGGUUGGCUCUUUGUGGGAUUGGAACGGUUGGUGAUGCAGAGAUUGAGUGUAUUGCCGAUAAGUGUGUUGCACUCAAGAAGCUAUGCAUUAAAGGGUGUCCUGUAUCCAAUGCUGGGAUCGGAGCUCUAGCUUCGGGGUGUCCCAAUUUGGUUAAGGUUAAGGUGAAGAAGUGCAGAAAGAUUACUGGUAGAGGGGUAGAGUGGGUGCGAGAAAAGAGGGUUUCUUUGGCGUUUAAUUAUGAUGAUAGUGAAGUUGAAGCUUUGGAUGGGAGUGGAAGUGAUGGUGUUGGGGGAGCUCAGGAUGGUAUGGCAGAGGCUGAGGCAGACGCUGAGGCGGAGGCUGAGGCUCCUUCAACUAAUAACAACACCCGAUUGACAAUGUUGCGAACAAGACACUCCAAAAUGUUGUUAGAGCUCUUCGGGGAAUGGCAUGCCAAUUGGCUGCAUUUGAGUGUAAGAAAGCUUUGUCAAUAGGAUCUUCUAAAUAUUUCUGUCGAGGAUAUGCAAGAUACUCAUUCACAUCAUAGAUUCAACAAAUGGAAAAGGCAGGAGCAGUGGAUCGCUUACGGUGAGUCGAUGUUGAUGCACACUAUUCGAUCUGUUUUGCAGAGAACAAAGGCUUUGUUAAGGGGAAACACACGAUUUGCGAGUUUGGGAAUUGGAUCAAUGCAGUUUGAUUGAGGUCAUAAGCAAUUACACAUCGGAAAUCAAAGGGAAAAAUGAAAUGAACAGCUGCGGACCGUUGCUUAUUUGACAAUCCACCGUGGCACCAUUUUAUCAUAAUAAAUAAUUAUAAAUUAGAGUAGCUACAAUGAUGAAUUAAAAUCAAACCUCAUCCAUUUUUGUUUCUU